UAAGCUGCAGUCUCUAUUGUACACGACACUAGUAAUGUACGAAAUAUCGCACUGCAAUCAACGUUCUCUCUUUUGCUCGGCACGCGACGCUUUAGUGACAGUUAACGGGUUAUAGAUUGUGUGCGGAAGUAAACCCAUUGUGUUAAGUUUGAAGAAGAAAGGGAAGCUCAAGAAAAACACUUUAAUAAAAACUACCAAAUCCCAAAAAUAAAUAUAAACAAACAAGAAAUAUCAUUUCACAAGACCACCAAUACAACCGCAACAACAACCACGGCAGCGGCUAUUAGCUGUGCCGCUCUGGCCUGAACAACAAGUUGAUUGUAACCGCUUGCCUGGCAGACAACUACUCUUUAAUUUUAGUUGAGAUUUUUGUGAAAGUUUUCUCUUGUUAUUGUUGCCUCGCAUACAGUUUAUUUGGCGUUUUCGCUUGUUGCGGUGGCAUUGCAGCUCUCACAUGUGUUAACUUUAGUAUUGUUUGAUGGUUUUUAAUAAUUAUUGACAAUACAUAUUUGUUUAAAAAAAAAAGAAAAAAGUGUUAAAAAGUGAGUUAGAGUUAAUUCUUUACGUCAAUCUUUUUCCCUAAACGGCUGCAUACAUAAGACGUCAUUGAAAACAGAAUGUUUGCAAAACGCUCGCUUCUUUUGAAUAAUAUAAAUAUUCAUAAUAACAACAACAAUACAGAGGAAACCAAUGGCAAAUGCCACCAUGAUCAUGAUAAAUGCCUAGACACGUGUUUACAAGUCGCCACAAAUGUGACCGAGCAAAAACAUCACAUUACCCGAGAGGUACGAGGUAAAAAUUUAGGUCUAUGCCGUGGAUUUCGUGGCUGCACCGUUUGGCUGACGGGUUUGAGUGGAGCUGGUAAAACUUCCAUAGCUUUUGAAUUGGAAGCCUACUUAGUGUCCAGAGGCAUACCAGCCUAUGGCCUCGAUGGUGAUAACAUACGCACAGGUCUAAAUAAAAAUCUAGGCUUUACGCCAGCCGAUCGCGAAGAGAAUAUUCGACGUGUAGGCGAAGUCGCCAAGUUGUUUGCCGACAGUGGUGUAGUGGCAAUAUGCAGUUUUGUCUCUCCCUUUGCCGAUGACCGUGAGAUGGCACGAAAAAUACACAAAGAUGCCGAUUUGAAGUUUUACGAAAUAUUCGUUGACACCCCUUUGUCGGUAUGUGAGUCGCGCGAUGUCAAGGGUCUGUACAAAAAGGCUCGCGAGGGUGUAAUCAAGGGUUUUACAGGCAUUACACAGGAAUAUGAAAAGCCCGAUAACCCCGAAUUGGUAGUGAGUACCGAUGGUUUCACCAUCAAGGAGUCAACACAAAAAGUCAUAGGCCUGUUGGAGGAGGAAGGGAUUAUACCUAAAACUCUGCGUGAUAUAGAAACACUGCCCGAGCUCUAUGUACUACCUUCGGUGAAGGAAGCGAUCUUAAAUGAAGCCAAGUCUUUGCCCUCAGUGCCAAUAACCGAAGUUGAAUUGCAAUGGGUGCAAGUUUUGGCAGAAGGAUGGGCAUAUCCCUUAAAAGGAUUUAUGCGUGAAGAUGAAUACCUACAGACCUUACAUUUCAAUUCGAUAUUAAGCGAAGAUGGAGCAUUUCGUGAGAAUCAAUCAGUGCCGAUCGUGCUGUCCGUAACGGAAGAGAUGAAAAACAAAUUGGAUGGGAUUUCAGCCAUAACACUGACACAUGAUGGCAAACCAGUGGCUAUUCUGAGGAAGCCAGAAUUCUACUAUCAACGCAAAGAAGAACGUUUGAGCCGCCAAUUUGGCACAUGUAAUCCCAAUCAUCCUUAUAUAAAGAUGGUGCUUGAAUCUGGUGAUUAUCUUGUGGGUGGUGAUUUAGAUGUCAUCGAACGAAUUCAAUGGAAUGAUGGUUUGGAUCAAUAUCGGCUCACCCCAAAUGAGUUAAGGCAGAGAUUUACUGAAAUGAAUGCUGAUGCUAUUUUCGCAUUCCAACUUCGUAAUCCCAUACACAAUGGCCAUGCAUUGCUGAUGCAGGACACAAAACGUCAAUUGCUGGAACGAGGUUUCAAGAAACCCGUUCUUCUCUUGCAUCCCCUGGGUGGUUGGACAAAGGAUGAUGAUGUACCACUGCCAGUGCGUAUGGCUCAACAUCAGGCUGUACUUGAUUCGGGUGUAUUAAAUCGUGAGGACACAGUUUUGGCGAUAUUCCCCUCGCCCAUGAUGUAUGCCGGUCCCACUGAGGUGCAAUGGCAUGCUAAGGCCCGCAUGAAUGCUGGAGCGAAUUUCUAUAUUGUGGGCCGUGAUCCGGCUGGCAUGCCCCAUCCCGAUAAAGGAUUAUAUCCCGAUGGUAACUUGUAUGAUGCUACACAUGGCGCACGAGUACUUAAAAUGGCUCAAGGUUUGGAUAGUAUGGAGAUUUUACCCUUCCGCGUUGCUGCUUAUGAUAAAAGCGUUUCACGCAUGGCCUUUUUUGAACCCAAACGUAAAGAUGACUUCGAAUUUAUAUCAGGCACAAAAAUGCGCACACUUGCCAAGACCGGCAUAAGUCCACCUGAUGGCUUUAUGGAGCCCAAGGCGUGGAAAAUCUUAGCCGAAUAUUAUCAGUCCUUAUCAAAACAAUAGUGUUAGUUUCAGACAUUCUGCCUGCCGCCCGAAAAGUGUUAUGCCAGAUGUAAACAAUCUAUUUACAAAACGUUUAUAUAAAAACAAGUAUCGUUAUCGUUUAAGUGCAAUUCUUUUCUAAAAAAAAAAAAACAAAAACAUGAAAAGUUUUUUAAGGAAAACACAACAACAUCGACUAUUUUAUAAUGUAUGCUCUUCCUAUUUUUACAUUACCAUUAGCUUUAAGUGAACCAUAGUUGUGUUUGUUCUUCUUGUCUAGUUAAAUUGAAAUCGUCAUAAAGUCAGUCAGGAAAGUCAGAAUCUGCAAAAUAUCUAAUUACUUUGCGUUUUUUUUUUUGCGAAGUGCUCUUUUUUUGUAGUUUUAUAUUUAAAUAUUUAUUGGUUUUUAUGCACAUGGAAUUCUUUGCGUUUUCUAUUCAUUGUAUUUUCGUCAAAUUUAAAUAUCAAGGUAUUACUAUGAAACUGUCCACACUACAACAUAAAUAUAGAAACAAAUUUAUAAAAUUCGAUUUUAUAACGUUUUAAAAUCAGGAUCCAAUUCAAAAACCAAUUCACACAAAUGUUCCCUGGUUACUUAAACGCAUGGAGUCGGUUCAUCUUGAGGAGACAUUUAACUUUUAAGGCGAUAUUUAUGUUUAAAGGCGUGCAUAUAUAACGUCCAAUUUUCCUAUCUUAUUUGGCAUUUUUGCAAAAUGCAACUAAAUGGCUGGUACUAUGUUCGUUUUUCGCGAAAUUUUUUCGUGAUUACUUUUUUUUAUAUAAUAGAUUUUGAAGGAAAAAAAAAACUUGCUGAUUUCAUUCAGUAGGACAUUCCCUCAUUACUUAUGAAAAAAAUCUUCAUAAAAGUAUUAUGUUUUCAUUGAGAUUUUUGUAGUGUUUCCAAAUAGUUACCGUGACAAAUUUGUGUGUUUCAACUGUGGAAAACGAAUAUAGUACCAGCCUUUAUGUCGUAUUUUUGAAUUUGUUCCAUACAGUCCAGUAUAAAAAACAAACACUUGCAAAGGACUAUGAGGAACGCUGUAUUUUCUUGUGUGCGUGUGUACAUAUAAUACUAUAUAUUAACUAGUGUAUCUAAUACCAUAUCUGUUACAGUUUUAUAAAUAAAAAUUUUAUUAUUAAACAACUUCAACAA